AUGGAUGUCCAGAAGCAACAUGAGGAGACUGACAUGUUGCAACCAAUGGAGAGGGCCAUUCAUGCUGAGGAGUUGACAGUGGAGAAUGUUGAGGCGGCACUCUACCAGCUUUAUUUUGACCCAGACAUGGAGUGUAAGAAUGCGGCCCAGAAGUGGCUGACCCAAGCUCAGGGGUCUGCUCAAGCGUGGUGUUUCUGUUGGGCUUUGCUAAGCCCGGAAAAGCUCCCUGAGGUGCAGUUCUUUGGCGCCAGCACGCUCCAUGUCAAGAUCUCCUCUCAUUGGAAUGACUUUCCUGCAGACCAACAUGAGCACCUGAGAGUUCAGCUCCUUUCCCACAUUUUGCACUUCUCUUCUGGGCCUAAAAUGGUGUUGACGAGACUAUGCGUUGCACUGGCCUCAAUGGCUCUAAACUUAAUUCCGCACGUCUGGUCCCAGCCAGUUGCUGACAUGGUGCAAGCCUUCCAACCUCAGAGCCAAGAAGGCUCUGGGCCCACGCAAGACCCUCAGCUGCACUGUCUGGCCUUGCUGGAACUCCUCAUCGUACUUCCCGAGGAGUUCCAGACCAGCCGGCUGGAGCGGACUCGUCGCGCCCGACUAAAGGAAGCCCUGGCUGGGGAGUGGAGCGCAGUGUGUCCACUGUUGCGUCAGCUCCUCCAGAGCAAAGACUCAUCGAUGAAGGUGAAAGAGAAGGUGCUACGCUGCUUGUCUAGCUGGCUGGGACUGGACGUGCCACUCGGGGAAACGCAGGAACUUGUUCAGGAUUGCUUCACGACUUUAUCCGAUUCAGAGUUGUUUGACACAGCCGUUGAGACGAUAGUUAAUGUCUUCACACAACCUGAUUGCCAGAGGUACAGCAACGCUCUGUUGAGCCUAAUACCUCUGGUAUUGGGGCUCCGUGAUCAACUGAAGACAGCAGUCCAAGACGGGGACAUGGAGACCUCACACGGGAUCUGCAGAAUUGCUGUCUCUAUGGGUGAAACACACUGCAGGGUUUUGUUGGAGCAAGUGGACCACUGGCAACAGUACCUGGCCUUGGUAAACAUGAUUCUGUUCUGUACUGGCAUUCCUGGUCAGUACCCAGUCAGCGAGACCAGCAGCUCCCUCACGCUCACUUUCUGGUACACCUUGCAGGAUGACAUCCUGUCAUUUGAAGAGGAGAAGCAGACCAUUUAUCUGCAAGUCUACAGGCCCGUUUACUUCCAGCUGGUGGAUGUCUUAGUAUAUAAAUCUCACUAUCCAUCCCAAGAAGAGUACAAUUCCUGGAGUUCAGAUGACAAGGAACAGUUCAGAAUCUACAGAGUGGACAUUUCAGACACAUUAAUGUACGUCUAUGAAAUGCUGGGAGCCGAGCUGCUCAGUAACCUUUAUGACCGCUUGGGCAGGCAGCUGAUGGACCCCCGACACUUGACGGAAUGGCAGGACACAGAGGCUUUGCUGUUUGGCUUCCAAUCCAUCGCGGAGACCAUCGAUGUCAACUACUCAGAUGUCAUCCCAGGUCUUAUUGGCCUGAUCCCAAGAAUCAACAUCAGUAACGUCAUGUUGGCAGACACGGUCAUGUACACAAUAGGAUCCCUGGCCGAAUGGCUGUCGGACCACCCGGUGAUGCUCGGUGGGAUGUUACCAAUGGUGCUGCGGGGUCUCACCAGGGCCGAGCUAUCCGUGUCCAGCGUUUCUACUCUGAAGAGGAUCUGUAGGGAGUGUCGACACGACCUCGGGCCUUACGCUCAGGAUAUUCUCAACAUGUCCCAGGAUGUGCUGGUUAAAGAUAUCCAUAAGAGUAGCCAGUGCAUCUGGUUAAUGCAGUCUCUGGGCUUCCUGCUUUCCGCGCUGCCGGAGGAGGAGGUUUUGGAGAAGCUGCACUCCCUCAUCGGUCCUCAUGUUCAACAACUGGACACACUGGCCCAGCAAGCGCCCGAUCCUGCCAGUAAACUGUCAAUAAUUCACAUCUUGGGAAUGUUGACCAGCCUCUUCGGCGCUCUGGACAUCAGUGGACACUCAGACAGAACCUCGCCGCCAAACUCUCAAAACACAUGUAACCCUGUUGUGCUUGUACUGCAACAACUGUUCCCAUUGAUGCAGAAUAUCCUCAACAGAUGGCUCGAGGACUCUGAGGUGGUGGAGGCAGUGUGCAGCGUUUUCAAUAAAUCCAUCCGAACCCUCCUUCAUGAUUUCGGGCCUCUUGUGGCUCAACUGAGCGAGACGCUGGGCCAUAUUUACAGUACCUUCCCACAAGCCUCCGCGCUGGACCUGGCAUCCCAGAUGGUUCACAUAUUUGCUGGAGAAGAACGCCACAUCUCCUCCAUUAAAAGCCUGUUGAAAGUUCUUACAUCUUCCACAUUGGCAAUAUUUCAACAAGGCCUCAGGGAUCAUCCAGAUGUUGUCGAGUCCUUCAUGUAUCUUCAUGCUCAGAUUCUUAAACGGAAAUCCGAUUUGUACCUCGAAUCUGAUCUUCUGGAUCCCAAAGCACUAUUUUACUGUGGUAUUCUUUCACUUAAAUUUCCCGAAACAUCCACAGUAAAAGCGGCCAGCCUCUUCUUUACCGAGUUAAUCCCUCGAUGUAAAGACGUGCCAUCGCUUGCAGAAGUUCUGCAGAGGGAUGGGAAGCUUCUCACUGAGACUGUCCUGCAGGCAGUCGGCGGCGGAUCUCCUCACAGUCUGAUGGAUUAUUUCUCCGAGGUGCUUCUGAGUCUGAGCAGAAACUGUCUGGUUGAGCUCUCCCAAUGGCUCAAAGAAAUUCUGCAAUCACCAGGCUUCCCCUCAGUGCACGUCUCCACGGAGCAUAAACACAACUUUACCGAGCAGCUUCUCAGGGAGCAAAGCAACAAGCGUGGUGUGAAGGAGAUGGUGAAGGACUUUUCUCUGCUCUGUAGAGGCCUGCAAGGGUCCGGACACAGCCAUUACUAG